GGUUGUUGCAUUCCAUAGAGGCUUGUCCUGCAGCAGCAGCAGCACCACCACCAUCAACACCACAGCUAUCCCUGCACUGACAUUGCUUCUAUGCCACCGAGAGACGAUGUGUGUUGAGCUAGUUUAGACAAGGCACUGAAAACAAUAGCGAUAACUAUCAUAUACUAACAGGCACCAGUGCAUCGUCUCGAGCUAAAAGGAACGUUUUGUUUUGGGUCCCUACAUAGUUAACCUGGAACGUAGUUAGCCCUUUUGCUAGGUAGCUAAAUCGCCAUCGUAUUGAGGUUGAGACACAGCAGACAACAGCGCAGAGGAAAUGAAGGACAAACAAAAGAGAAAGAAGGAGAGGACCUGGGCUGAGGCUGCUCGCAUGGUUCUGGAGAACUUCUCUGAUGCACCCAUGACCCCCAAACAAAUCCUCCAUGUCAUCCAAACCAAGGGGCUGAAGGAAAUGAGAAGUGGUACAGCUCCUUUGGCCUGCCUGGUCACCAUGCUGCACUCCCAGGUGAGAGGAGACAGAGUCAAGAACAGCAUCUUCUUCAAGCUUCCUGGACGGAUGAGCCUGUUCACUCUAAAGAAGAAUGCCCUCCAGUGGACAAAGACAACAUCAGAAUCAGAGACACCAACGGAGCAGGCAGGCAAUACUACCACCCCAGCAUCCAGCAGCACCCCUGCAGGCCCUGCUGUUGCCUCAGUCGGCCCCACUGAGGCCACUGAGCAGGAGAGCUGUGAUUCUACCGAAACCACUGCUGCUGCCAGCGGAGACAAUGACGCCUCGGUGGAUGAGAGCUCGUCCAGUGCCUCCUGCUCCACAGAGCUGCAGGCUCCCAGCAGCCAGCCUCAGACCCGUCUCAGCAGGGCAGCAGGACAGCAGGGACGUACAGAUACACAGCAGACCCAACACACUCAACACGCCCAGACCAGACUGAGCCGCUCAAGACAGUCGGGGAGACAGAGGAAGAAAGCAGUCAUGAUGCCUCGUGUUGUCCUCACCCCUCUUAAAGUGAAUGGAGAGCAUGUCCCCUCAGCAGGUCCCAUGAAACGGAGUCGAGGAGGGGUGGAUGUUGACUUUGAAACACCAGGCUCCAUCUUGGUCAACACAAACAUCAGAGCCCUCAUCAAUGUGCGGACCUUCUCUGCCUUCCCCACACACUCACAGCAGCAGCUGCUGCAACUGCUGCCAGAGGUGGACCGACAGAUUGGACCUGAUGGUAUGACCAGACUGAGCAGUUCAGCUCUCAACAAUGAGUUCUUCACACAUGCCUCCCAGAGCUGGAAAGAAAGGUUGGCUGAAGGUGAGUUUACCCAUGAGAUGCAAGUGCGUUUCCGCCAGGAGAUGGAGAAAGAGAAGAAGGUAGAGGCGUGGAAGGAAAAGUUUUUUGAAGAGUACCAUGGGCAAAAGUCUGGUCUGACCCAAGAGGAAUCUUUGAAGCUUACUAUGAGUGAAGCCAGUGAAGUUGCAGCCAGUGUGCUGGACAGUGAUGUGGCAGUCGUUGCAACUGGUGCCCCCAAGAGGCGCACUGUGGGUCGGAGGAGGAGAGACGGAAGGAUGAGGAGACGCACGCGGGCUGACCUGCGUCGCAGGGCCCGCCGGACUCUCUGCAAGGCCCCUCCUCCAGCCCUGCAGACUUCAGAAGCAGCUGAGGCCAGCCCUGCACUGGACAUCUCAGCAGCCUCUAUUGGCUCUCCCAUGUCUGACAACACUGUAGUUCAAGGUGAGGUGGUGCUGCAGGCCGAGUGUGGUGUGGAGCUCCCAGCUGACAAUGCUUCCAUAGAGCCAAAGCCCUCUCCCACUCCAGAGCCAGUCACAGUUCCCACUCCCACUCCCACUCCUACUCCUACUCCCACACCAACUCCCAGCCCAAGUCCCAGCCCAGCUUCCACCAGCGCAAAUGAAGAGCCCGAAGUUACAGCCCGUCUGCUCCCAGAGGAGGCUGCCCCUGUACUGGCUUCCACCUCCUCCCCCUCCUCCUCCUCCUCCUCUUCUUCUUCAUCUGCCUCCUCACCUGCCUCCUCACCCUCCACACCUUCUGACAGACAGGGGGCUUUUGCUGCAGGCCUGGACUCUUCUUCUUCUUCCUCAGCCUCCUCCAGUGCAGCAGUCGCAGCCGAUCCCCUCGAUGACACUGCUUCCGUGGUCACCUCUAUCACAGGGGGUACUGCCACUAGCAGCCGUGAGAGCAGCCCUUCAGCCAGCCCAGCCAGCACCCCUGUACCUAGCUCCCAGCUCAAGGAGCAGAAGAGAAGGCCAGAUGAGACUCAGGCCUUCUCCAGCUUCCCCGAAAAGAGGCCACGGCUCGACGACCGUCAGUCCUUUCGUACCACAAUUGACAGUGUCCGUUCGGAGAAGCCGCAGCCGACAACAGAAGAGCCCAAGGUGCCGCCCAUCAGGAUUCAGCUGUCCAGAAUCAAACCUCCCUGGGUCAAAGGGCACCCCACCUACCAGAUCUGCCCCCGCAUCGUGCCGCCCAGCGAGGGCUCGCGGCGGUCGGGGACAGGGGGAGCGCGCACCCUGGCAGACAUCAAAGCCCGCGCCCAGCAAGCCAGGGCUCAGCGCGAGGCCGCUGCUGCUGUUGCAGCCACUAGCGAAGGGGCAGGGCCGACAGGGGUCAGGCUGCGGCCUGCUGCUGGGCUACCGGAUAGCAGCAAUGGACGACGAGCGCGAGAGCAUCCAGGACCUAUCGAGCCCGGAGGAGGAGGAGGAGGAGGAGGAGGAGGAGGAGGAGGAAGUGGAAGAAGGGGAGGUUGUGGGAUGGAGGAGCAGGGAUCGUCUUCAGGCAUUAAUUCGUCUGGAACACAACUACAGCUUCUCAGUGUAGACCCCACACCUCAGCCUUCCCCUUCAUUGUCCACUACCUCAACCUCCAUGUCCUUGGAACCCCCACAGACACCAAGCCCUGCCCUAGAGGAAGCAGCUGAGGGGCCAGAUGUUGGAGAGGAAAUACAGGCAACAACAGCCAGUGUCCAGAGCUCCUCCAAUGGGCUCACAGACAAGGCAUCUGAUGUACUCUCUCCAGAGCCUGACACUGUAUCUGAGUCUUUGGCUAACCAGUCAGAAAGGCAAAGCAAGGUGCCAGACUCUGCUAUUGUUGUCUCUGAGAGGGCAGACCAGGGACGUGAAAAACCCUCGCUGGCCCCAACCUCCAUCCCAGAUUCCCUUCCCAGGUUUGGGGCUCAGGGUGUGGAUGUCAUUCAAACGCUGGCCAGCUCCUGUCAGUCAAAAGAGCCGGUAAAAGUGAAGGAGGCUGGACUGGGUGGUGUUAUACAACAUGGUUCCCACCACGUCGACCCCCAGGAAGUGUUUUCUCACUCACCUACAGAGAAACGACAACCCUCUUCCCAACAUGUGGAGUCCUCUGGUGGAGAGAAGGAAGACGAGGCUGGGACCCAUAGUGACUCCACAGAAACUGCUUCAGACUGUGAGAAUGAGAGCCAAGAGGAUGAACAGCAGCCUGACCAGGACUGGUGCCCCCAACUCAAUACCAAGAGAAAUGGCCAGCUGGUCAUCUGCAGCCCUCCUUCUCAGAACCAGCAGCCAGUCAUUCAGGCCCAUGUGUCCAGCCGCCAAGGUCAGACCGUCAUUCAGCCCUGCUUCCCCAAUGGCCUGCCUCACCCUCAGCACAGCUGCCUGCCCUCCCAAGAACACCAUUCUCUUCACACGGUCCAUCCACGGGGGAUUCGGGACACCAACAUUGUGGUCAAAAUGGAGUCCGGAGAUGAUUGUAGAGUCUCCAGGCAGAGCUCGGCUGAAGAGGAGUGUCAUGGAGGUUUAAAGCCUGCUGUCACUCACCUGAAUGCUGCAGCUGCCUCCAAGAGACUGGCCAGCUCAGCCAGACCUCUGUCCAGUGUGGAGGUCAACAACCCUUUGGUCACUCAGCUACUACAGGGCAGCCUGCCCCUGGAGAAAGUUCUACCCUCACACUCUGCUAACAGGCUGGAGAUCAACCGAUUGCCAGGACCCCAACCCAGACCUCAAGUGUCACGGACCCCGGGGUCACACAACAGGACUGAGGUCUCAGCCCAGUCCCCUAGCCCAGAACUCACUGCACCCUCUCAAAUCCACAAGAAGUCUCCACCAGGUCGCCCAGUCUCCUGUGUGAGGGAGGCUGCAACCUUACCACAGUAUCAGCCCCAGCAGGCCCCCGGGGCUGUCCCGGUGAUCACCUCUCUACCCCCCUCUUCAUCCUCCUCCACCUCUUUGACAUAUAGAAGUAAGUCAGAUAUUAGCUCUCAGACGACCGUGUCUGCAGUUAUCAAAGACUCUCAUGGUCCUCAGUCCUCACAGGGCACCACUCCAGACAGGCCCCAGCCAUUGCACCGAACCAUGCCUAAUGGCCCCCCUGCUCCCCAUGCAGACCCCUGUCCCACAGAGGUCUUGCCUACUAUUAAGAUUAACUGGAGGCCCCCACAGUCCCAGCUCUCCCACCUUCACCAGCAGCUGUCUCCUGCACCCACUGUGAAGAAUGAAGUUGGUGCACGGCCCUCUUGCCAGGCUCUUGGGAAAUCUUCUCCCACCAAACUAAUGAGUGUUACCAAAAAAGAGCCUGGGAGCUCUGUGGACAGCUACCUGAGUGGCGGGGCAAUGGAGGGACUCCUCAACAUGGAGAUGACUUUAGCCAGGAUGGCAAAGAAGGAGCAUGGCAAAGCAUCCUACUCCACUGGCUCGCCUUCAUCCUCUUCUCCUUCACCUUCCUCGUCUGUGUCCUCCCUUCCCUUCCAGUUGUAUGGGAAGCUCCCCAAGCAAGGUGGAGGUGUCGGAGGAGUAAGCUACACAGGCAAUGUGUCAGUAAUGGACAAUGGCGGUUUCUCCAGGAGCAUGGCGGACGGUGUUCUCCAGCUGCGGCCCCGCUUGGCUACUGGCCAAACCACCCUCAGCAUCCAGGCCUUUACUGACAGUACGGCAGAAGAGGUGGCGCUCAAGUGCUCGUGCCGCCUCAAAGCCAUGAUCAUGUGCCAAGGCUGCGGUGCCUUCUGCCAUGAUGAUUGCAUCGGGCCUUCCAAACUAUGUGUGUCAUGUCUGGUGGUCAGAUAGUAUGUUGAAGCCCCUGUGCACUGUAGGACUGGUAUCUGUACAGUAUCAGCCGCAGGACUUCUGGGGAGUGUACAGUAACCUGAUUAGGGUAGAACACACACAGGAGGAGCCUGACAGGCAAGAUUCGCCUUGUAAAAUAUAUUUGGUCUGUAUUUUUUGUUGUUGCAGAUUUUCAGAUUUUUUAGCUGUACUGAUAUUAUUAUUGUUAUUAUUAUUGUUAUUAUUAUUGCUAUUAUUAUUAUUGUGAAUUUGGGGCAUGAUUGAUUGUAAAUUGUGCCUUUUUUUGUUUUCUCUCCUCAAAAACAUUUACCUCAUCUUAUCUUGCUCCACCUGUCAUCAUUUGGUGGCCAUCAUUGUUUUGGUCCCUUGUUUACUCAACAAACGGGGGCUUAUUGUUGUCUCCUUGCGCAAAGAAGUAUUUUUUUAACCAUUAAAAUGAUUAAAUGAC